GAGUAGCUUCUCAGGUUACUUUUUCAUUCGCCACCUUUGCUGGCGUGAAUAUUUUUCUGUUUGAUUUAACCAAAAUAUUGUUGAAUUUGUGAAUUUACUAUCUGAAAAUGUUCAAAAAAGAUGUUUGGCGCGCUGGUGCCGUUGACGUUUUGGUGGAAACAAACGGGAUCCGCUCACUCCACCAUGGAUUUAUCGCCGACAUGGAUCCCGAACACCUCGUGAUUGAUUUCGGGUUCCCCGGUCACCGUUCCGAUGUGAUCCCUUUUAGCAAGUGCAGAGAUCGUGGCUACACCGAUAGCAUUUUUGUUGGAAACAAAGUACGAGCGUUGUCUCAGCGAUCGGCGGACCAGCCGUGGCGCUGGUAUCCAGCAAAGCUGCUCGCCUACGAGAGGCAGGAGUUCGCGUUUGUUGAAAUGGAAGUGGAUGGGGUGCUGGUUCGAGAUGUCCUGCCGACGGACCGAGUGGAGAAUGCGGUUGAACUGGAAAACUUCCAGUCUGAAAUGCGGACUUACUACAAAUAUAGUGUUGAGUUGCCCAACGACCAAGAACUGAUUUCUUUAACUGAACGUCCACGAUUCGGAAUCUGGUGGAACCGGGAAGCAGAUACUAUUGCGGUGAAGCGUAUCGCUGGAACAUUGAGCUACCUUACUGUGAACGAGACAAUGCUCUCAACAACGCAGUGCACCAGCUUUCUUCAUGCCGUGCGUGGCCUGUUAAUCGGACCUGAUGAAUGGAAACCGGCCAAGCGACCCUUCCAGGCAGCAUUUCCUCAUGGUAAGAAAAGGUCAAAGUCUGAAGUGUUAAUGCCCAUGGCUCUGCCACCUGCGAACAUACAGGGAUUCACUAUUGCUGAUGUGUUGCCGGAAGUUGUUCUUGAAAUUUUGAGCGAUAUCGAUAUAACAAACCAGCAGAGGUGCCGUCGAGUCUGCCGAACCUGGAACCAUUUGCUUACCAGUCCUGUGGUGAUCAAAAUUGACAUUGACAAUCUUCCGAUGCGUUCUCCUGCCGUGUUCGGCAGUGGUUGUCAGCGCGAAAAUGUGCAUAUACCCUUAUCACUCUGUAAAACGGCCGGCCCAGCUACCAAAGUUUUAAUCAUCACCGGACAAUAUUUUGGCAAAUGGCAGUAUGCACCUUUUCGUUCCGUAACCGCCAUGUUGAAAGCUAUGAACGUGUUCGUUCCGAUGAUUGUGAUUAACCGGCGCACAAUUUGGGCUAGCGAUCUGUUGGAGUAUUCCGAUCCGCUCCGGGUGUACUUGCGUCCCGAAUGGCUUGAUGUUUGUGGCAAGCUGGCUUUGAUAAACGUGGAUGUGCGGGCUUUGGUGGAAUCGCAGGACCGCCUUCCGGUCGUACCGGGGUUUCCAGUUAUUUUUAAAUGCGACCGCCUUCUCGAGAAUUCUUUUGGAGUGAAGCUGAAGCCAGCCAAUAUUGUUCUCGAUGCGAUGAACACGAAGUCUUUGCUGGAUGCGUUGGAUGGUCUGUGUCCGGAAAUGAGCAAUCAGGAUUUGCGAUCAAUGGAGACCGAAUUGGCGAAAAGAUUACCGCAAUCAGAUGAGCUUGUUCUGCAGGUGUUGAGAAAGUGGCAGUUGGAUGAUCCCUUGUUGGCUCCAGAGCAAAAUGGCUCAUUUAAAUGUCCAAAGUUAACCUCUUUAAGGAAAAUCACCUUGUACGCACUGCAAUACCGUCUCCGUCCCCGACCGACAGGAGGCGUACAGGUCAAUGGCAUGAACUUUCAACUCCCAUUUUGACUUGACCUGUUUGAUCUUGAAUGCGACCUGUAUUGGGAUGCAGGUUCCGGUGUUAAACUUGUCGGCUUCUGGUUACCAGUGUGUUUGUCCACAGAUUUACGCACCUUUGCACGGCUUGCGCCUGGUUGAUAGAAUCUAGAAAUACUAGUUUGGAUACUCUAUUGUCGGCUUUACCGCUUUAGUAUGAAAAUACGCGCUUUACUUGUUUAAAAUUGUAUAAAAGUUGUCUUGUAUAAAAUAUAUAAAUGCGUGUAUAAAGUGCUUGCUUGUAUAAAAGUUGUCGGCUUUAAGUGGUGCUUUGAAUUUUUUAAUUGUUUUGUGAAUUCUGCGUACCUUUAUGGAAAUAAUCAACGGCUGCCCUGAUGAACUUGUUCCUUUAAACGAUAGCGCAUGGCUGGAAUGGCAACUAAAGUGAACUAACCAUAAGCUUCUGUUGAUCGAUGUCUUGAUGUCCAUU